AUGCGGGUGGUCUCGCUGUUGCCUUCCGCCACCGACACCGUCAUCAGCCUGGAACUGGCAAGCCUGCUGUGCGACUGGCACGAGGUGCAGCACCUGCCGGCUCUAACGUCCAGCAGGGUUGGGGACUCCAUACCUGUGGAUGAGAUUGACGCGGUGAUGAGUGCCAGCGCAGCUGCUGUGCGGGAGAUGGCUCUCCUCGGGGCGCACCUGGCUGUCCCGCUACUCGAGUUUGGCCUGUCGGUCUAUCACCUGCACAUAGAGCAGCUGCAGCAGCUGCAGCCUGAUGUCAUCUUGACCUGCUUACAAGCAGCGCAUGGCGCGGUGCUGUCGGAUGGCCUGCUGGAGGCAGCGCUGCAUGCAGUGCUGGGCUACGCCCCGCGGGUGGUGCACUGCGCGGCAGAGGACCUGGCAGGGGUCUGGCGUGACAUGCAGGCAGUGGCUGAUGGGCUGGGGGUGCCUGACAAGGGGCGGCAGCUGGUGCAGCGGCAGCAGCGGCAGAUGGCAGACGCGGCAGCCAGCGCACGAGGGCGCGGCAGCCUGCGGGUGGCCUGCAUACAGUGGCCGCACCCACUCAUGGCGUGCGGCGCUUGGGUGCCCGAAAUGAUCCAGAUGACGGGCAGCCAAGACGUGUGCGGCGCUGUCGACCACGCCGAGGUUGUCUCGGCGCAGCAGCUGCGCAGUGCGGCGCCAGAUGUCGUGGUGUUUGCCCUGUGCGGGCUGCCACUGGAUAAGAGCGCGCAGGCGGCGAAGGCAGCGAUCCGGCGGCUGGCGUCAGUGUGGGCCGAGCUGCCCGCUGCGCAGCACGGGCGGGUGGCCGUGGUGGAUGGGGAGCGAGUGUUCUCCCGGCCAGGGCCCUGGCUGGUCCAAUCCAUGGAGGCGCUGGUGGAGCUGCUGCACCCAGAGGCGCAGGCCUUCGGGCACCAGGGCAAGAUCUGGCGGUGGUUGGACGGGAGCAUAGAUGCGCCUGCCCCGGCACCGGCAUAG